AUGCUCUCCCACACAGGACUAAAGUGUGGGAUUCAAGCAGCUGAUCUAAAAAGUAUGGAAACUGCCUUGGAAUCUGAGUUGUUCUCUGGAGUUACUAGUUAGAGAAAUCCAACAGCUGGUGGACAUCCAUGGCAGGUCUCCUUGAAAGUAGAUGAGCACCAUUUCUGUGGAGGAAGCUUGAUUCAAGAUGACCUAAUAGUUAUAGCAGCACACUGCCUUGCUAGCCUUGAAGACAAAUUAAGAGUGGUUAUGAUUGCUGGAGAGUAUAACUUCUUUCAGAAGGAUAAGCAAGAACAGAAUAUUCCUGUAUCAAUUAUUAUCUAUCCUGACUACAACAAACUUGGAUAUAUGAAUUAUGAUAUUGCACUGCAGGAUCUAAAACACAAAGUCAAGUUUGAUAAUGCUGUCCAGCCUAUCUGUCUUCCCCAUGGAAAUGAUACGUUUGAAAAAGGGAUUCUUUGAAUGACCAGUGGAUGGGGCAAGAUUUUAAAGACAUUGGAAUAUUCAAAUGCCCUGCAAGAAUGACUUUCUAUCAUGGAUGACAGAAUGUGUAGUACUCUGCUCAAGGGUAUGAACCUUCCUCCCUUGGGAAGGACCUAUUGAGGUCCACUUGUUUGUAGACAUGGAAUCUGGAUUCUUGCUGAGAUAACUUCUUGGGAAACAACUUCUUGUGCUAGAGACGGGGCUCCUUUAAAAAAUAACCACAGGACAUCAGUUGGCAUUUUCCCCAAGGUGUCUGAGUUGAUGGGUUUUAUCACUCAGAACAUGAUUACAAAUGGGUGUAAUUUCUGUGAAUUUUCCUUUAUUUAUUGCAACUCAAAAAUUUUUUUGUACUUAAUUAUUUCAAGAGUACUUUCUGAAGUAAAAAAUCAACUUUUUCCCUAUGUUUUGGAAGAUUGCAGACCUCAGGGAAUAGUGUUAGUUGGAGGAACAGUGAGGAUCCACUACCCCCAUUUGAAACAGGGCAACUAUGAUCAUAAUUGCUUAUGUAUUUGGAAAAUAAUGGUACCAGAUAAAGUUAUCCUGUUAAGAUUUAUAAGCUUAGACAUAGAAAAUCAAGUUGGAUGUGACCAUGACUAUGUAUCUUUGCUUAUUAAAUCUGCUCCUUCAUUAGAUGGUGGCCUGGCAAGUAGUUUGCAGCAGAUUCAAAUGCCUGGUAGAGAGAUCUGCAAACACACUUAUUAUUCUGCUCACCCAGGAGGGAUUGCAGAGAAGACAAUCUAUGCUAGCUUUGCAGCCACUGGAGGAGAGGAUUGCUGUCAGGGAGACUCUGGUGGGCCACUAGUGAGUAGACAUGAAAAUCGUCUCUUUGUCCUCCAUGGCAUCAUCAGUUGAGCUGGCUGUGCCCGGCCAAGAAAGCGUGAAUUUGCCAGGGUGAGUAUCUUCUUGGGCUGUAUCCAACCCAAAAUUAAAGAUACAAGCUUCGUUUCACUUCGAAUAAAUAAUGAAAGCAAAAGCUUAACAAGGAAACAAUUGCCGCCACUCAUAUCUUCAGCGGACCGGGCCAGGUCUGAAGGUGCCCUUGAACUUAAAGUGGAGCUAGAAGAGCCAGAGGCUUUCUUUCAACUCCAAGACCAUCCACUGGAUUGUAAAGGAAGACUGGAAUGUUCGUAGGUGCUAGUUUCACCAAGCAGUACCUCAGCAUUUAUAGAUGAGUACUUGUCACUCCCUGAGACUCAUGGAGAUUCAGUCCAGACUAUUUAUGAAGAAAGCCACAGGGAGAGAAGGAUGUCAGGUAACCUUUACUGGAAUUUGAACUUUGGGCUGAGGGGUCUUUUCUCUAGAAGCAGCGUGAAGUUAUGUGCAAGAAGGCUUUACCCAAAUAUUUUUAUGAGCCCUGGACUAUUGGUGAGGAUGACAUUUUGUUCCCUUGUACAAGGUGAUUUUGGCAUGAGUCAUAUUAUCUUUAGAGUCCAAGGUCCAAAAGUCAGUAAAGUAACCAGACAUUGUCAGAAUUCAACAGAGCAUGUGGCCACUUGUAAUGAUGUUAUUCUGACCAAACCAGCAGGAAUCAUACAGAUUCCAAGAUAUUUUGACAGAACCACUAUGAGUUGACACUGGAGGUUAUUAGCUCCUUAAAAUCACAUAAUUCACCUAGAUAUUACUAACUUCCAGAUGAAGCCAGCAUGGUUGCCUGUCAGGGUCCCCUAUUUCAUGAGAGGAAAAGUUAAAUUUAAUGAUAAAGGAUGUCCAGUAUUGGAUUUGAUUCCCGUUGGUUCUGUUAUAAUCACAUCUCCCAAUUAUCCUAAUAUUUAUCCAAGCAUGCUGAACUGCACUUGGACUUUGUAUUCCAUAUCAGAAAAUAAAAUUAAGGCAGUGAUUAAAGAUGAAAACAGAAGAAUCUUGGAACUGUGA